GCGUUACUAAUUUGCUUAUUCAACAAUGGCUGACUUAUAUACACCCUUCCGAAACUAUGUAAAGAAGAUGCUGACCUUUCAAGGAAGAGAAAAGGGAACAGCAAAAGUUUUGAUUCUGGAUAAUGACACGACGCAGUCGAUUUCUGUUGCGUUUUCGCAGAGCGAGAUUCUUGAUUACGAUGUUUUCCUGACUGAAAAGCUUGGAAGUUCUCAUGAGGACAUGAAGCACUUGAUUGCUAUUGUGUUUGUCCGUCCUACGGAUAGCAAUAUCAAACUGCUCUGCAGCGAACUCCGCAAGCCCAAGUACGGCGAGUACCAUAUCUACUUCACGAACAUCUGCCGCCAGGACAAUAUCCAGGAGCUUGCGCGCGCGGACGAGAACUUCAGCGUGAAGGAGAUCCACGAGUUCUACGGGGACUUCAUUCCGAUCGACACGGACCACUACACGCUGAACCUGCUGGACGGUCUGCAGCUGUGCCGCGCGCCCUCGCAGUGGAAGGUCCCGGAGAACCAGAUGUUCCGCCAGGCGACCGACAGCAUCCUGGCCGCCUGCCUGGCGCUCAAGCAGCGUCCCUACAUCCGCUACCAGAGCAGCUCGGAGUCGGCCGGGCGCCUGGCGCGCGAGGUGCUGCACCAGAUCGAGCGCGAAGACCAGCGCGGCACGCUGUUCGAUUACCGCGGGAACUGCCAGCUGGUGAUCAUGGACCGGAAGAGCGACCCGGUGACGCCGUUGCUGAUGCAGUGGCUGUACCUGGGGAUGAUCCACGAGUUCAUGCCGAUCUGGAACAACCGCGUGAAGCUGGCGAGCGGCGGAAAGGAGGAGGAGUUCGUGCUGAACGCGCAGACGGACGAGUUCUUGAAGGCGCACAAGUGGGACAACUUCGGCGACCUCUACACGGCGGUGAAGCAGCAGACGGACGCCUUCGCGGCGGCGGACAAGCGCAAGGACGAGCUGCUGAAGAACGACAUGGCGACCUUCGUGGAGGAGUUCAAGGACUACAAGCUCCUCGAGCUCUCCGCGAAGCGACACAUCUCGCUGGCGUCGGAGCUGGGCCGCAUCGUGAAGCAGCACGGCCUCACCACCAUCUCCGCGCUCGAGCAAAGCCUGGCCUGCAGCAACGACCACGCGAACCAGCUCAAGGAGCUCAUGCGUCUCAUCGAGGACCCCAACACCUCCAAGGAGGACGCCAUCCGCCUCGCCGUUCUCUACGCGCUCCACUACGAGCAGAAGCCCGGCAGCAAGCUCUCCUCCGUGCUCUCCGCGCUGCGCGACCGCGGCAUCAGCGACGACAUGCUCAACAUCGUCAACCUCUUCCUUCGCUUCUCCCCGUCCGGCGAGCGAACGGGCGACCUGUUCGGCGGGAGCGGGCUGGGCGGGCUGGUGUCGGGGCUGGCGAAGUCGAUCAAGGGGAACAGCAACAUCUACACGCAGCAUCAGCCGCUGCUGCAGGACGUGCUGGCGCAGAUCAAGAAGAACAAGCUGAGCGAGACCGACUAUCCCUUCGAGGGCGCGAGCGGGAAUGGCACGCCGAGCGUGGUGGUGGUGUUCUAUGUGGGCGGAACCACGUAUGAAGAGGCGCAUGUGGUGAGCGAGUGGAAUGCCGAGGGAACCAUGCAGGUGGUGCUGGGAGGAACGCAUGUGUUGAAUUCGGAUAUGUUCAUGCGCGCGAUGAAGAGUUUGUAAGGCACUUUUUUAACGAG